AGUGUAAAAUGUUAAAAAGUGCCCUUCUUGCGAAGCUCCAGAAGAGUCAGCAGAAGAAACAUGACUUGGUUAAACAAAAAUUCCCAAAAUCGGCCACUAAAAUCGUGACGAAACAACAUAAGAAAAAAUCAGAAAAAGUGGCCUCUUUUAAUGCCUUCGACGAGAAAAUAGUGACCAAACCACCCCCAAAAUCAGCCAAACUCAGAACUCGUCGCAAAUCAACAGCCCCCCCCGUGGACUUUGACGACGAGAUCCGCGAUUUGGGGGCGAAGUUCCGCGUGGACCCCUCCGCCGUCCGUCAAGGCGUCCAGGGCUUGAUUAAAUUCACAUUAGAAAAUCCGAAAUUGCAAAACAGGCUUUUUGACGACGACCAAUUCCCGAUUUUUCUCCAAAUAAACAGUAUUAAAGUGGCGAAGGGGCACCCGAAAAUCGUCCGGAUCCCCCUUAAACACUCCAUGUACACCCCCGAUAGCGAAAUCUGCUUGAUUGUGCCCGACGUGAAAGGAGUCCCAAAUAAAAACCACGACGAGCAUUUGGAGCACUACGAGAAAUUGCUGAGACAGAAGGAGGUCACCUGUAUCAAAAAAGUGAUGACGUUCCACGAGUUUCGAACCGAGUAUGAGACUUACGAACUGCGGAAACGCUUAGUCGAAUUGUACGACGUUUUCCUCGUCGAUGGGAAAAUCAGCGGGAAAACGGUGAAAAAAUGCGGGAAAAUCUUCUACCAGAAGCGAAAAAUCCCAACUUCGAUUAAACUACAGGUGACGAAAUUGAAGGAACACAUUGAGACCACCUUGAAAAAGACUCCGCUUUAUUUGCACACGAAAGGUGACAGUUUUGUGGUGCAAAUAGGCCAUAGCAAGAUGCAACUAGACGAAUUGGUUGAGAACUGUUUUUAUGUUUUCAACGGCUUGGAGAAGGAUUUUUAUGGGGGCUUUGGGAAUGUCAGAAGUGUGAAUUUGUACGCACAUAGGGGGCUCACAAUCCCCAUUUAUACAACCUUAAAGAAUCAAAACGAAGUGGAAUUUUCCGAAGUUGAGGAAAAAACAGUCGUGGAAACUGUCUCAGGGGAGUUAUCUACAAGAUUGAAUUCUGGGGUCACAGUUGAACCCACUGGGGAAGUCACGGUUUAUAAAUUGAACGAGAAAAACAAGAGGAAGAAGAUAAAUACAAAAUAACUUUUUUUAAUGAAAUGUCUGUAAUAAUAUAAACAAGGAAUUAAUAAAAAACUGAAAAAAUA